UGUGUGUGUGUGUGUGUGUGUGUGUGUGUGUGUGUGUGUGUAACUGAUGUUUUUUAUGUUCCUCCCUCAUGGACCACCUGUCCUGCUGCUGGCCUAAACAGGAGUGGUACAGCACCCUUGGCAUGCCUGGUCACCAUGCUCCACUCCCAGGUGAGGGGAGACCGAGUCAAGAAUAGCAUCUUCUUCAAGCUGCCUGGACGGAUGAGCCUGUUCACUCUCAAGAAGAACGCCCUCCAGUGGACAAAGACUACGUCAGAGUCUGAGACUCCAGCCGAGCCGGCCAGCAGCACCGCCGCCCCAGCUUCCAGCAGCAGCACACCUGCAGCAGGCACGGUGGUGGCUUCUGUCGGCCCUGCCGAGGCCACUGAGCAAGAAAGCUGCGACUCCACUGAGACCACCGCUGCUGCCAGUGGAGACAAUGACGCCUCGGUGGAUGAGAGCUCGUCCAGCGCAUCCUGCUCCACAGAACUGCAGACUCUCAGCACCCAGCCCCAGACCCGCCUCAGCAGGGCAGCAGGACAGCAAGGACGCACAGACACGCAGCAGAACCAACAUGCUCAACACACCCAGACCAGACUGAGCCGCUCAAGACAGUCAGGGAGGCAGAGGAAGAAAGCAGUCAUGAUGCCUCGUGUUGUCCUCACCCCUCUUAAAGUGAAUGGAGAGCAUGUCCCCUCAGGGCCCAUGAAGAGGAGUCGGGGAGGAGUGGAUGUAGACUUUGAAACACCAGGCUCCAUCCUGGUCAACACCAACAUCAGAGCCCUCAUCAAUGUGCGGACCUUCUCAGCCUUCCCCACACACUCGCAGCAGCAGCUACUGCAGCUGCUGCCAGAGGUGGACCGUCAGAUUGGACCAGAUGGUAUGGCUAGACUGAGUAGCUCGGCUCUCAACAAUGAGUUCUUCACCCAUGCCUCCCAGAGCUGGAAAGAAAGGCUGUCCGAGGGUGAGUUCACCCACGAGAUGCAGGUGCGUUUCCGGCAGGAAAUGGAGAAAGAGAAGAAGGUAGAGGCGUGGAAGGAAAAGUUUUUUGAAGAGUACCAUGGGCAAAAGUCUGGUCUGACACAAGAGGAGUCUUUAAAGCUUACCAUGAGUGAAGCCAGUGAAGUUGCAGCCAGUGUGCUGGACAGUGAUGUGGCAACUGGUGCGCCCAAGAGACGCAGCGUGGGUCGGCGGAGGAGAGACGGCAGGAUGAGAAGACGCACACGGGCAGACCUGCGUCGGCGGGCCCGUCGGACCCUCUGCAAGGCCACUCCUCCUGCCCUGCAGUCAACAGAAGCAGCUGAGGCCAGUGCCGCACUGGACAGCCCGGCAGUUUCUAUUGGCUCUCCCAUGUCUGACAACACGGUUGUUCUAGGGGAGGUGGUGCUGCAGGCUGAGUGUGGCGUGGAGCUCCCAGUUGAGAGUGCCUCCAUAGAGCCAAAGCCCUCUCCCACUCCAGAGCCAGUCACAUUGCCACCUCCCACUCCCACUCCCAUUCCAACUCCCAUUCCAACUCCCAUUCCAACUCCCAUUCCAACUCCCAUUCCAACUCCCAUUCCGACUCCCAUUCCAACUCCCAUUCCAACUCCAACUCCCAGCCCCAGCCCAGCCUCCACCAGCACAAACGAAGAGCCAGAAGCAGCAGCCCGCCUGCUCCCAGAGGAGGCUCCACCUAUACUGGCAUCCACCUCCUCACCAUCUUCUUCCUCCUCCUCUUCUUCCUCCUCCUCCUCGCCUGUUUCCUCACCCUCCUCACCUUCUGAUAGACAGGGAGCGUUUGCCGCAGGCCUGGACUCUUCCUCAUCCUCCUCAGCGUCCUCCAGUGCUGCAGUCGCUGCCGAUCCCCUGGAUGACACAGCCUCUGUGGUCACCUCUAUUACAGGAGGUACCGCCACCAGCAGCCGUGAGAGUAGCCCCUCAGCCAGUCCAGCCACCACCCCUGUGUCCAGUGCUCAGCUCAAGGAGCAGAAGAGAAGGCCAGAUGAGACUCAGGCCUUCUCCAGCUUCCCCGAAAAGAGGCCGCGGCUUGAUGACCGUCAGUCCUUUCGUACCACAAUUGACAGUGUCCGUUCAGAGAAGCCGCAGCCGACAACAGAGGAGCCCAAGGUGCCACCUAUCCGGAUUCAACUGUCCAGAAUCAAACCCCCCUGGGUCAAAGGUCACCCCACCUACCAGAUCUGUCCCCGGAUCGUGCCCCCCGGCGAGGGCUCGCGGCGGUCGGGGACGGGGGGCGCGCGCACCUUGGCGGACAUCAAAGCCCGUGCCCAGCAAGCCCGGGCCCAGCGCGAGGCCGCUGCUGCUGUUGCAGCCACUGGCGAAGGGGCAGGGCCGGUCGGGGUCAGGCUGCGGCCUGCUUCUGGGCUACCGGAUAGCAGCAAUGGACGACGAGCGCGAGAGCAUCCAGGACCUAUCGAACCCGGAGGAGGUGAAGGAGGAGGAGGUGGUGGAGGAUGUGGAGGAGGUGGUGGGAUGGAGGAGCAGGGAUCGUCUUCAGGCACUAAUUCGUCUGGAACACAACUACAGCUUCUCAAUGUAGAGCCGACGCCCCAGCCAUCCCCUUCCCUGUCCACUACCUCAACCUCCAUGUCCUUGGAGCCCCCACAGACCCCAAGCCCUCCUCGAGAGGAAGCAGCUGGGGGGUCAGAGGCUUUAGAGGAAGUAGAAACAGCGUCAGCCAGUGUCCAGAGUUCCUCCAAUGGGCUCACAGACUCGCUCACUCCAAAGCCUGAGGUGCCUGAGUCUGCUGAUGCCCCCACAGAGAUGGCUGACCAGGGUUCUAAAAAACCCUCACUGGCCCCAACCUCCAUCCCAGAUUCCCUUCCCAGGUUCGGGGCUCAGGGUGUGGAUGUUAUUCAGACACUGGCAAGCUCCUGUCAGUCCAAAGAGCAGGUACAAGGGAAGGAGGCUGGGCUGGGCGGCGUUAUCCAGCAUGGUUCCUACCAUGUGGAACCCCACGAGGUAUUCUCUCACUCAGCUGCAGAGAGACUGCAAACAGACGCAUCCUCUCCCCAACAUGCAGACUCUGGUGGAGAGAAAGACGACGAGGCUGGGACACAUAGCGACUCCACGGAAACUGCUUCAGACUGUGAGAAUGACAUCCAGGAGGAUGAGCAGCAGCAGCCUGACCAGGACUGGUGCCCCCAAGUGAGCAUCAAGAGAAACGGCCAGCUGGUCAUCUGCAGCCCUCCUCCUCAGAACCAGCAUCCAGUCAUCCAGGCCUACGUUUCCAGCCGUCAAGGUCAGACUGUCAUUCAGCCUUGCUUUCCCAAUGGCCUGCCUAACCCUCAGCACAGUGGCCCUUAUUACCAGGACCACCAGUCUCUCCCCACAGCCCACCCACAUGGGAACAUUGACACCAACGUUGUGGUCAAAAUGGAACCCGGAGAUGAUUGUAGAGCCUCCGGAGAGAGCUCUACUGAAGACGAGUGUCGUGGAAGUUUAAAGCCCUUUGUCAUUCACCCAACUGCUGCAGGUGCCUCCAAGAGACUGGCCAGCUCAGUCAGACCAGUAUCCAGUGUUGAGGCCAACAACCCUUUGGUCACUCAGCUACUACAGGGCAGCCUGCCCCUGGAGAAAGUUCUUCCCUCACACUCUGCCAACAGGCUUGAGAUCAGCCGAUUGCCAGGACCACAAACCAGACCACCAAUAGCAAGGACCCUAGGGCCUCGCAACAGGCCUGAGGUCACAGCCCAGUCUCCUAGCCCAGAACUGGGUGCAGCCUCGCAGAUCCACAACCAGUCUCCAACAGGUUGCCCAGUGUCCUGUUUGAUGGAGGCCCCAGCUGCGCCGCAGUAUCAGUCUCAGCAGGCUCCCGGGGCUGUCCCGGUCAUCACCUCUCUGCCACCCUCCUCAUCCUCCUCCUCCUUCAGAAGCAAGUCAGACCGCAGUUCUCAGACCGCAGUGGAGUCUGCCGUUAUAAAAGACUCGCAUGGUCCUCAGCCCUCCCAGGGGGUCACUCCAGACAGGCCGCAGCCGACCCACCGAACCAUGCCUAAUGGCCCCUCUCCUCCCCAUGCAGACCCCUGUCCCACAGAGGUGGUGCCUACUGUUAGGAUCAACUGGCGGCCCUCACAUACUCAGGCCCACCCCUCAAACCAACUGCAGCUGUCUCCUGCACCCACGGUAAAGAAUGAAGUAGGUGCACGGCCCUCUUGCCAGGCUCUUGCCAAAUUGUUCCCCAUUAAACCCAUGAGUGUUACCAAAAAGGAGCCGGGGGGCUCUGUGGACGGCUACCUGAGCGGAGGGGCGAUGGAAGGACUCCUCAACAUGGAGAUGACUUUAGCCAGGAUGGCAAAGAAGGAGCACAGCAAAGCUACCUACUCCUCUGGCUCUCCCUCCUCCUCCCCCUCCGCCCUUCCCUUCCAGCUCUAUGGGAAGUUCCCCAAGCAUAGUGGUGUUGGAGGAGUAAGCUACACAGCCAAUGUGUCAGUGAUGGACAAUGGCGGUUUCUCCCGGAGCAUGGCAGACAGUGUGCUCCAGCUGCGCCCACGCUUGGCCUCCAGCCAGACCACCCUCAGUAUCCAGGCCUUUACUGACAGUACGGCUGAGGAAGUGGCGCUCAAGUGCUCGUGCCGCCUCAAAGCCAUGAUCAUGUGCCAAGGCUGCGGUGCCUUCUGCCAUGACGAUUGCAUCGGGCCCUCCAAACUGUGUGUGUCAUGUCUGGUGGUGAGAUAGUAUGUUGGAGCCCCUGUCACUUGAGAACUGCUCUCUGUACAGUAUCAGCAGCAGGACUGGGAGGCUCCACGGUGUACAGAAGCCCGAUUAGGCUAGAGCACACAGGAGGAGCCUGACGGGCGAGAUUUGUCUUGUAUAAUAUAAGUGGUCUGUAUUUUCGUUGUUGCAGAUUUUCAGAUUUCUUUUUUAGCUGUACUUAUAUAUUAUUAUUAUUAUUAUUAUUAUCAUUAUUAUUAUUAUUAUUAUUAUUGUGAAUUUGGGCAUGGUUGAUUGUAAAUUGUGCCUUUUUUGUUUUGUUUCCUCAAAAACAUUUACCUCAUCUUAUCUCGCUCCACCAGUCAUCAUUUGGUGGGUGCCAUUGUUUUGGUCUCCUCGUUUUCUCAGCAAACGGGGACCUAUUGUCUCUUUCCGCAAAGAAGUAUUUUUUUAACCAUUAAAAUGAGUAAAUGACAUUGUU